GAAACUCUGAAUGCGUAAAGCUAACUCCAAGCUGCCCAUCUCAACAAUCACCAACUCUUUCUGCGUUGAUUUUUUUGCUACCCUAUUCCUUCUCCUCGUGUACACACCGUCGGUUUCUGUCUGGAUUCCGACAGACCUCUUUUGUCGGCGCAAUGGGGUCCAGGCAAGGCUUUAGGGUUCUCGCCCGCAACAUCACCUCCCAAUGCUCCCUUGCUCAACCAAGACGACCCUUCUCUACAAAUCCCUCUUGCCUUGCUGCGCACAACUUCGCCAUGCCUGCCAUGUCCCCAACGAUGACUGAGGGGAACAUUGCAAGUUGGAAGCUCAAGGAAGGCGAUGCUUUUGCUGCGGGAGAUGUCUUGCUUGAGAUUGAAACAGACAAAGCAUCUAUGGACGUUGAGGCACAAGACGACGGAAUCUUGGCCAAGAUCUUCUCCCCAGACGGUUCAAAAAGCAUACAAGUCGGUACUCGGAUAGCUGUACUGGCCGAUGCUGGGGAUGACAUUUCCAGCUUGGAAAUCCCCGCUGACGAUUCAGCCCCCUCCAAAUCUGUCGCCGACAAUGUCAAAGGGGGCUCCGACAACAGCUAUGAAUCCUCGGGCGUCGAGAAACAGGUCGAGGGAACGCCACAGAACAAGAGACCAGCCAAAGAUAAGCCCACCACUAGUCCCAAAGGACCCGGCCAAAACCCAAAGUACCCACUAUACCCAUCAGUCAUUGCUCUCAUCCACGAGAACCACAUUUCGGACGAGGACGUGGGCAAGAUCCCAGCGACGGGUCCAAACAAUCGUCUCCUCAAAGGCGACGUCUUAGCCUAUCUCGGUUCCAUCGAGAACGAUUACCCCCUAAGUCAGUCCAAGCGGCUACAACACCUAGCCCAUCUCGACCUGAGCAACAUCAAGGUCCUCCCCAUCACACCCAAACCGACCCCUGCAUCUCAAGACGCCCCCUCAGCACCUUCUUCCGACACUCCUCGUCUCACCUCCAUCGCAAUUCAAGUAUCACUCGCCGAAGUCCUCAAAGUUCAAAAACGAGCCAAAGACGCCAUUGGUGUGACUAUUCCACUGUCCACUUUCCUUGCCCGUGCCGUCGACCUUGCCAACGACGAUUUGCCUCGUCCAAAAGGCUAUAAGCCCACGCAGACGGAUCUUUUCAACGCUGUGCUUGGUCUUGACUCUGUCCCAACCACUUCCAGAGGAACAUACCUGCCACAGAUCGAUGCGUUCCCCUUUGGCCCUCGUGCGACAACCUCAAGACCAUCAGACAGCACAUCCCCUGACGUUAUUGACAUUCUUUCAGGCAAAGUGAGGAGAAGGACAGCUGCCCCUUCAGCUGCACGAUCGCCAACUGUGACACCUGGCAGGAAUAUCUCAACCGUCGAUGGUGCGAGGAAUGUCUUCAGUUUGACGGUUCCAGUCGGCGAAGAAAAGCGGGCCAGGACAUUUUUGGAGAGGGUCAAGACUGUUCUCCAGGUUGAACCAGGGAAACUGAUCUUGUGACGACCUCAUUUGUGCCUUCUGGUGGAUUUAUAUCCCGAGGGAGACGGGGCUGUAUUGAUAUAGAAGCAAGCGCUAUUUAAUGUAGAUUGAUCAGUCAUCCGAAAAGUCAUUUUCUCUUCCAAA